AUGGCAACCACCCUUGAACAACCCGCGCCCGUCGAACGCGUUACCCUCGGUCGCUCCCGGUCUGCCCGCUUAGCGGAUCAAGCUGCGACAGCCGCUCUCUAUGUAACCCAUCCAGAGCGGAAAUUAUCAGUUCGUGAGCCCUCGACAGCUGAAACGGAACUAGCCACCUUGAAGGCGACAGGCUCCCGCCCCGGAUUUAGCCAUGCAUCUGCAGUAGCCGCUCUCGCUCACGCCCAAUCCAAAGGAUGGGGGACAAAAGGUGCAGCUACAACACAGCAUGUGGAAGACAAGCGCGCCUCCGAUGUGCCAAGCCUGGAAGGCUACAAGGCUGCAGCCUUCGUUCUCAGGGACCGUCGGUCGAUCGUCAGCUCUUCCACUGGACCUUCAGACCUCAAGUAUGACUCGUCCGGAGCUGGUCAGACGGUCGAAUCACGUUCCGGUACAACAGGCCGAGAUAGGACGCGUUAUGCGGUAACGGGUGCUUUAUAUGCUAACCGAAGGAGAGCUGACUCCGCCCCGUCAGAGGCGCCUCACGUGGGAAUGGAGGCGGGCGAAGUCCUUGGGGAUCUCGACAACGCCAUGGAAGCUAGUAGGAUCCAGCAUAUUGCCAACACCAAUGCGCGGCUUUACACCGCUACCCCUCCCGUCGCACCAGAGCUCGACGAAUACAAGCGGAAGAGCAUCCUGCAGGCUGCAGCAGUCUCUAUGGCGCGUGACAUGUAUGCGGUUGUUGAGGCCAAGGAGCAGGGCCCCAUCAGCCCCAGUCGCAUGCGCUCCCAGCGGACAGCGACAGGAGCAGAGCCGAUGAUCUUGCAACAGGCUUUUAGCUUACAAGAUGCCGCGGAGAAGCGGGCGGCGGAGAAGUUGGCCAGCAUGCAGGAUGAGGCGGCCAUCUACCGCGAAUACUACGGAAUCGAGCCCCAGACAACGCGCUCUAGCUUACAGGUCCGCAGACGAAGGCUAUCAAUCGACAGUGAUGCUUCUUCGGUUGACGCUGAGAGGUCGAAGGAGAUCAGAAGCCAGAUGUAUAGUCUGCGAACAAAGCUCGAUGCGGUGGAUGAGCGCAGAGAAAAGGACCGCGCGCUCCUGAUGGAGGCUGCGAGAAGAAAUGUCGAUGCUACCAUCCAAGACAUGGAGAUGCGUGUUUAUGCAGAGACAGGGCGCGCCCCAGCCGCCAUGCAGAAGGAACUGGAGGAAACCGCCUUACUUCGCGCAAAGGAGAGACAGGAGACGGAUGCGCAGUACCAGUUCGCCGACCGCGUGAAUAUUAGCUCCCAGAAAUACGUCGACAUGGCAGAUGUGGAGGCUCUCGCUCGUUCCCGGUUGCAACCCACGUUUGAUGAAAUCACGGACCGUGCGGAAACGAAGCGAGCUAGGGAGAUAGAGCAGCGUCUUGAUCAGGAAGAGGCUGAGAGACGAGAAGCCAUCCAACGCGAGCGAGAUGCCGACACAAGGGCAGAGGAGAGACGCAUGAGAGCUUCUUUGAGGACCGACUCCAAGUACAAAGAGGAGAAAGCCCGUUUGUGGAGCCGCAAGUCGAAGCGCACUUCCGAGAACGAAACCUAUACGUUAACUGGGGCUGUUGACGGAGCAGCAGACGAGGCACGCGCUGAGACUGCGCCGCAACAGACGUCAACGGAGGGUGCUCAGGGGACAACUGCAGGUGCUGUUACGGAGACUGCUCCCGGCGAGGCCAUUUCAAAGUCCGAGUCGAAGCUGAGAUCAUGGUUCAAGGGUCGGCUCGGUCGUCGUCCGAGUGGACUCGCAGCAGGCGAAGCUACGACGUCAGGCAAGGACACUCUGGAAGUGGUCCCUUCAAUGGAACCAGGGCCAGCUGCAGAACAGCCAGAGGCUCAAGUAAAUGAAACGGUAGAACAGCAACCAGAGCCCCGGGUAGUUGAAGCCACAGGGCAGCAGCCAGAGACCCGGGCAGUCGAAGAGACGGAACAACUGCCGGAGCCCCAGGCAGCUGAGAGGGUGGAAACACAGGAAGCUCGAGAGAUCUCAAGAGCUGAGCCAGUGCAGAAAUCUGAAGACGAGGACGGGCGAGCUUGGGAUAUUGCUCAUCCAGAAGAGAAGGAACCCGAAGUUCCGGAACUACCGGCUGCUCCUGUUGUCCCUGAAGAAUCUGAACAGGCAGCUGCCGAGGACGACUCGCGAGGAGCAGCGCUUCGAUCCCAUCCUGUGACGGCCAACGACCUUCGCGUUAUGAGUAAAAGGAUGUCAGUCAGCGAAGGCCAGGAUGAGAAGGAAGCUGUCAGCCAGGCAGGUCACGAAUCCGCUGGAGAUAGGCGCAGUCGUCUCGUGAGUGGGUUCAAGAAGAUUGUUUCCAAGAGCUCGUCGGAGGGUAAGACUGAAGGGAUUGGCAGCAAUGAUAUUGCUCGUCGAAGCUCGCAGGCCAUCCCCACUCCGGGGGUGGAGACGGAGGAACGGCGGGCGAGCGCGGCGGAACAAGGCCUGUCUGUCCCAACCGUUCGGGCAAAGCGAGCGAGCAGCGGGACUGGGCGGGAAUCAAGGUUCUCGGAGAAGUUGUGA